UUAGAAGAUAGUUUUGUUUCUUUACUCGAUUUACUUGUGUAAUCAAUACAUAGACACAAUGGAUUUCGCUAUCAUUCAAGUGACAUCAGGAGGUAAGAAGGUAGUCCAGCUCCAAAACAUCUUUCUGAGCGAUGAUGAUAACAAAUACACAAUCCGUGGAACAAAGGAUUUGAUCAAACAAGCUGAUAAUGGCCGCAGUAAAACUCUCCGUGUUUCAAUCAACAAGAAAUUGAUAGCUUGUACUGUUAUAGAAAUAAGUGAUGACAAAGAUUAUUUGUCAAGCAAAAUAAAAAGUCCAAUGCUUGGCCGUGGAAAAAGAUUGAAACCAGUUAAGAGGCUCAACUUCUCGCCUGGAAUGAUGAAAGAUAAUUCAGUACCAUCAAGGAAGGUUCUUUCAAAUCGAGAAACGAACCAGGCUAUUGCUCAAAAGGUAAAAAAAAUUAAAAUCGUACAAUCUAAAAAUGUGUCCCAAAGAGAAAGAGUUAUCAUUGAGAGGAUGAGAAAGAAAUUGAAAGAAAAUGCACAAACAACUGAGGUUGAACCUGAUCCUGUUGAACCCAAUCCUGGUGAACCUAAUCCUGUUGAACCCAACCCUGUUAAACCUAUUCAUAAUGAACCCGGUACUUUUACGUCUAUUCCAAGCAUUGGAUUACCAGCAGAUAAUGCUUUAUCUAGUGGAACAUCGGGAAAUUCGAAUCAACAGGAGAAAAAUGAUAUUCUAAUUGAAAAAAAUUCAAACGGUAAGGAUGUAGCGAUCAAUAAUGCGGAAUUGAUGAAACAACUAGAAAAAUUGCGAAGAGAAAAUAACCUACUGCUCCAAAAAUCAAGAAACCUGAAACGCCAAUCACAGGUGACACGAGCGAAUCAUUCAGAGCAAUGA